AUGGAGGGAGACGUUCAAGCGGCUGCCGAAGGAGCGCCGCUCCCUGUUGCGGAAAGCGGGUCGGAAAUUGUCAGGAAUCGUUUUCCAGAUGCAACGGCGGAUAGUGGAGAUGGACUUUGGGGGGAAAAGCAGCAGAAUUUGGAGGCAGCUUCCGGCCGGAACUCUGUCAGUGAGGUGACUUCCGCGAUCUUCCCAAAUAGAGAGAAGCGUCACUUCUAUGCAGAUCAACAGGAGAAAGUACAAGGCGGAAAGAGCAUUUCGAUGUUUCACACGGCUCUAGAAAGCUUCGUAUUCUACCUGUAUUUGGCGGUUGUGCCAGGGUGGAUAGGUUGUUGCCUCGCCAAGGUGCCGCCGUUUGCGUUCUGGGCGCCCUCUAUUGUCGGAGCAGGUGCCUUCUGGAGUGCACUGAAUAUAUGGGGACUCCUUUUCUCACAGGGAGCUGUUGUAGAUCCGUAUUCAGCGCUCAUCAGUUCGUGGGCAGAGAUGAGUCUGGCCAAGCACAGAGGUCAGCUGUUGAGCGAGGAAGAGAGGGGUUCUCGUGGAGCAGAGGCGGCAUCAUCCACAGUACUCUACAACAGCAGGCGAAACACUGGUGACAUGGUCAAAAUCUUCAUUGCUACAUUAGGUGCGGCGUCACUGGUGGGGGUUGUCAUGCAAGUACUCUUACCCGGUCACCUACCUUAUGGCCCGCCGAUAACGAUGCAAAUUUACAGCGAUAUUCAGUCUCCAGCCACUAAGAAACUCAUAGAGUCUUCAGACAGUAGCCACGCUGGGUUGUCUUCCUCCUUGUUCACGUCGCUUCUAACGCCGCUGCCAAUACACUUACAAAAGGAGGCAGCAAGAAUAGUGAGCGUCUGUCUCUCAUCGAUGGCUGACUUGGUCGUGGUCUUCAGCAGGAUCAUCGUUGGAUAUGCUUGGGCUGCGAGCACUUGGCUGUUGCCCGCAAAACAUCAGGAGCUACUUCUACAAUCAGAGAUGUUUGGGCCAACAUUCGCGGGGCAGAGUGCGGCCGAUGGAGGGUUCGCUGACAUUGUGCAUCGCAUUGGCGUUUCUCCCCCAGGAGGCAGUUUCGAAAUGCUCCUAUGGUUCAGCAGGGUCGUCGACGUGUUCUUGGGGGAGUGCUGCUUCAGCUGCCUGAAUUACAUGGCACAAGCCGCAGACAUCUCAAUGCGGAAAAUCACACGAAAGGGACAAAUAACGGUUACCGGCCUCGGCUUCAUCUGCUUGAAUGUCGGAACCCUGGCGUAUUUAGUCGGCAGCCCCUUCUGCCGAGUUACAGGUGGUCCUUGGCUUAACCCAUGCUUCGCAGCUAUGGUUAUGAUCUGUCGGCGCGAUUUCUUCGCCAUCUUCAUUCUCCUCACUGCUGGCUUUUGGGGGGCCUUUUUUGCCAGCUCCCUUGUGAAACCGACUGUCCGAAAAGUGCCCGUCGACGACAGGCGACAAAUAGUGACCCGAGCUCCAACAUGGGAAGACAAGCCCGAAAACAGGAAAAAAGAGGAGUGAUUAUAGUCGCGUGAAGUAUGCAAGACCAAUUGAAAUGUUCAAAAGAAGAAUGCAUGCUCCUGACAGUCCGGCUGUCAACAAGCGCAGCAGCACCAAGAGAAUGACCCCGUUUAUCCAAAUUGCUUCCACUUACCUGUCCUGAUAUAAGACACGCAUCACAUUGGCAUUGUGCAUUCCGUAGAUCGUGUGAACUGGACCAUCUGCCGUGACGGUUUCGCGUUUCAUCUUCGGCGAGAGAAAUGCGUAAGGCACCUUCGAUCGGCAGCGAUUCUCACGAGGAUGUCACAACGCGAUUGGCCUUCAGCGUUGAGUAGCAGACUUUUUCUUGGCUGUCAGAUAGUAUGUGCCUUCUGAAUUGUGGCUUAUAAGCUAUGGUGCGCGGUUUAGAUUGGCGUUUGAUGCACAGACCGUUCCUGCGUGGCAGACUCUUUCCGCCGCAAUAGCUUUUGCGC